CUCACAGUUCUCCGCAACGACCAGGCACUCAUCCACCUCGACAGUGCCUCUACCUGCUGGUACAUCUACUGUUCCCAGCAUACACACAGUCUCAUCCCCUACGCCCACCACGCUCACUAAGUCAUCCGCACGGCCAGAAACCUCUCAGAUAACCAAUUCAACCACCUCCAAACUGAUGAUAUCCAUCCCACCAACACCGAUUUCACUGUCACCUGAAGAGUCUCCGGCAACGAAAUUCAUUUCCAGCACCCCAUUAGCUCAUUCGACGCCUAGACCAGUACAGGGCUCCACUGCAAAGAAACCCCCAUUGCCUACAACACUUCAUGUUACUCAGUUCAGUACCGUAGCAAUACCGACCCAGGCUAUUGCUCCAAAGCUGACUGCACCCAUCGCGCAAGCACCGCACAGUGAUCAUUCCACUUCCUCCAGCAGGACAACGAAAACAUCAUUUUCUGGUAAUCCGGUCUAUUCUGAUGGAAGGAUGGGGCCAACAACUCAUUAUUUGGCAUCGGUAUCGAGAGGGGCUAAGAACUCCAAUGCGUACACUGUUGAGUUUAUCCCAACUGCUACCGCUGUUAAUGGCGACAACAAUCUGGUGAAACCUAGCAAGGAGGAGCAGUCCUCGACUACACCUAUUGGUGUUAGUGUAGCCGUCUUAGCUGUGAUCAUCAUAGCCGUUCUAAUCCUGGUUGUAUGGAGGAAACGUCAACAGGGGAAGUUUGGACGUGCGUUACAAGCCAGGCCCACCGUACUGCACAAUAACCUCGCCUCACGUACAUGUACGAAUCCUUCAAAUCAACAGCCUUCCAUCGGUGUUCUAAUUGACGAACCGAAUCAGCUCCAGGAUGAGUUCCAGGGAAAUCUUGAGGAUGAUGCCACCGCUCGUGACUGCUCCGUCCUUACUCGGGGAGCUAUAUUGGAGAGCUCCUAUGCAGUUAUUGGUGCAGAACGCGUCAGAGACAGCAGCAAACCUGCAUCUGAAGGACCAUUGAAGGGUGAGAUUCGCAGUUCUGAUGUUGGUAAAGUCUCCUCGAACCAAUCAGAUAGGCCAACGGACUUCAAAGUCGCUAGGGAAAGCAGUAGCCUGAAAUCUGAAGGCAUUGCCUGUACAUAUGGAGUCGUAUCUCACUUUCAGGGACAGCAGAUUGUGAAUGCAAAGACAACUGAGACUGCAGCUGAUACGAUGGACGAAGGAAUCUUUCCAAAACCAGAUGAGAGCGCGUAUGACAACCAAAUGCCUCUCCAGUUAAUGAACACCACAGGAUUAUAUUCCCUGGCCCAGAACGCUAUGCAAAGUGUUGGUGAUGGGGCAUACGCAAACGCUCUUUCGCCACUCCAGCCUGCUACGAAGACUACAGCCGACCAAGAUCUCAAUGCGGAUCAGUACGACAACUUCACGUUUGUGUCCGGAGCUGGCAAGCAGGGGACCACCUCAGCAAACCCAGUGGAAUCUGUUUACGACAACGAAGUGAAACUGUCAAAGCCAACUACCGCAGAUGAACACACAUACAACACCCUGCGGGAGAUAACCGAGCAGGUUCCAGCCGAGCCGACGUCCCUAUAUGACGUAUUGGAUCGAUCUCAGUUUCGUGCAAAUGAUGUCAUUUCGCAGACAACCAAUCCAAAGGAGCAAGUAGAGGCCAGUGGUCAUCCAGGUGAAUGUACGUAUGAUAGCACAAAAGUGAUAUGAAAGACUUCUCAAGUUCUUCUCAAUGCUAUCAUUCCCAUCCUCCAUUUUUUGUGUAAAUCGAAUUCCCGUGAACACACACACGCGCGCGCGCGCGCGACCAGCACACACAAACACACAAUCACACAUACACACACAAAACACAAAACGUGCACACGCACACACUCACGCAUACACGCACACACAUACACACACACACAAACGUACA